AUGGCCAGUUCCCGCCCACAGGAUUCGUCUGUGCCGGUAUCGGAAGAUAAAGAUUGUCCACCUGGUCCUCUUUCCGUUUUGGAAGCAUGCGUGCGUGACAACUCGCAAGUGUUGAUAAAUUGCCGGAGUAACCGCAAGCUGCUAGGUCGAGUAAAGGCAUUCGAUCGUCAUUUUAAUAUGAUUCUAACUGAUGUUCGUGAGAUGUGGACCGAGACUAGUCGUGGAGGCGGUAAAAAGAAGCACGUCAACAAGGACCGCUACAUUUCCCGCUUAUUUUUGCGUGGCGAUUCUAUAAUUGUCGUGCUUAAGCGCAGAAGCGCUUCCGCUAUCAUACGGCCUAUCUGCUGGGCUUAUGGUCGAUUACAGUGUUUUACGCACGGCUCCCCUGUAAUGGAGAUAUCUCGACGAUUUCACUUUUUCGACAAACAUCUGAUCAACGUAUCAGUUUCAGGUCAGGGUUCAGUGAGCUUCGAGUCUGUGGUCGAUGCUGCUGGCGACGAUGAUUUUUUAUGGGUUCUUGAGUCAUCGGGUCGUGUGAUUGCCCUGUAUCGGCACCAGGGUCCUGGUUACUCCAGGGACACUUUGUUAUGCCACCGCCUGAAGGCGUUUGAGUUUGAGGGUCUUUGGCUUUUUUCUUGUUGGGAUGCAUCUACACUUAUCGUAAUAGGGAAGGAUGAGGAAUCAGAUUCUAUGCUUAAGUUUAACACAUACAAGGUGUCGCCUCAUAGGAGCCUUGACAACGUUGAGCUAUUGCAGUUCGUCCAAUCAGUCCCAUUGUUUUUGCCGUCGCAAGGUUUUGUUCUUGACAAUAUACAGGCCGUAACGGUCUCAAAAUGUACGAGCGUGGCAGCGGUUGCUACAGCUGGCGGGUUUGUCUACUUGUACCACAACUAUCUAUCACCACCGUCGGAUGGUACAGGAAUAUCGCAUAGUCUAAAACUAGUUAGUGUCACUGAGCUAGCAGGGGACCGUCAUGCCGGGGCGAUCCGUUCUUUGCACAUCCGUCCUCUAUCAUCUGGGAACUUUGGUCUUACAGUGUGUUGUGAUGAUGUUGUGUUAACCUUGCGUUUGCUACCAGAUCCAGUUCUGGUCGAUAUGCAUUUAAUAGAGUCAUCGUUUGAGGCUUCUUGCGACUUGGGUAUCGAUGGAGAGUUUGCGGUGUCAAAGUCUGGUGGUCUGUUGGAUAUUUAUGACUCCGAGGGCUCCAUAAUAUCUAGGUUGAAAGGUUGCGGCCCAUGCACUUGCAUGUGUGCGUACAAAGGCUACAUUGCUACGGCGUCUACCGACUGCAAGGGCGGUUUGGAUGUCUCUUAUGCCACUACACUGGUAGCUGUGCAUUCUCGCAUCAGUGGUAUGGAUUUUAUCGCAUAUUCACAACACAUACCUGUUGUAUUUAAGUUUGAGAGAGCUCUUGGAUCUUUGUAUGUCCUAGCACGUUCAGGUUCUAGUUCGUCUUUAAUUUUGUUUGAAUUACGUGAAAAGGCUAUCCAUGAACGUUUGCAGAUGCUUAUCCGUAAGCGUCUGUUUGAAUGGGCCAUAUCUAUGGCAAAAUUGGAGAACUGUCCACUUUCGGAAUGUGAGGAGAUUCAUAAGAUCCACGCAAACUGGUUAUAUGAUAAGGGUCGUUAUGAGUCGGCUGUUGAUGCAUACUGCCUAGCGGGUUCUGCGGUUGAGCCUGCAUUUGUGAUAGUUCGUUUCAUGUCUUUGAACUCAAAGCUCUACCUUUACAAAUAUCUCAUCAAUCUUCAUCGCCGCAGAGAGGCGACGAGUGUCCACACCGUGGUACUGAUGCGUGCGUUACAGUCGCUGUUUGAGGACAGUUCAAGGAGCUGCUCCCGAUCAGUUAGCAGUACGGAACCACCAGCUGACGCUCCUUUAGAGUGCGUUUCGGAUGUAUCCGACUGUCAUAAACUGUUAUCUGAAUUUUUGGAGGAGUUCGGUGAAUCACAAAAGGAUGGCAUCAGGGAGGCUCUCUACGAUUGCCGUUCUUCUGGUGGUUCUGAGUUCGCCCGUGCUGUUGCCCUUGCGCAGCACGAUCACAACGAGUACAUAGACAUUUUGGUUGAGGAUUUCCAUGAUUAUAGUGCCACUUUGGAAUACCUUGAGUCCUCGAGUAGUCAGGUGACGUGCAAUGCCAUUUUACGUCAUGGCCGCAGGUUAGUUAAGCAUGAUCCUGUAUGUGUUUUACGUUUGAUUCGUAAGAUCGCUGAGGCUAUGCCUAAAACGCAUGGAAGCGUAUUUGAAGCUUUUGUACCCGUUUUUUGUAUGGAAGACCGAUUCCUUAUGGAUAUGCUGGAUGCUGAUGUUCCUAACACAUCCCUAAUGAUAUUUUCAACUCGUCUCCACUUGAUGCUGGAUCAGUUUUCAGCACACAAUCAGCUGUCAGCUGCAUCCCCUAUUAAAGGGAGUACCGAGUUGGUGUCUGCUAGCGUUGGUUCUUCUGAUGACAGACGAGCAUCUGUGAGUCCCGUUGGCGCUUCUACAGAGAUGAGAGAACCUUCUGAUCAGCAUUCAUUAUCUCCAUCAUAUUCUAAGUCAUGCACGGAUCAUAGUUUUGACGUGGAUGGUCUUGAGAAUCGCAUGUGGAAGUUGUUGAAUGGCAACACUCAGUUGGCCGAAUAUCAGCUAAUUGCCCUCCUUCUAUGUUUGGUAUAUAACUAUGAGCGUGGUGCUAACGCUAUGGCAAUAAAGAUGGGUUAUUACCACCUUCCUUUGGUGCUUGCAGGUAUGCGUGAUGAGCAUCUGCACAGCAACAAUUUUGACCUUCUGAAUCAUGCUUUGAGUUACGGUUCCAACGAGCCUACUUUAUGGGUGGGUACAUUAUCUCUGUUGGUUUCAUCGCCAAACGAUACUUCUGAGUUGCUUCGUAUUGCGUUACAGCACAUCCACACGCAUAAGUUGCUGAGUUUCCCUGGUGUUCUACGUCUCCUUGAGAGGAACUCGACGCUGCGUUUUGGUGAUGUUAAGGAUUACUUGCGUCGUGAGUUCCGUAAGAUUGACGAUUUGCUUCGUGAGUGUGAGCGUGACAUAGCUCAGGACAAAGUUGACUGUACGCAAAUGAACCGUGAUCUGCAGCGUCUUCAGCAUUCCUACGUUGUGAUAAAUAACACGAAUUGUUCACGUUGCGAAUUAUGUCUUGAGAUGCCUUCGCUACACUUCUAUUGUCAGCACUCGUUCCAUACAUAUUGUAUCGGUGCUGAUGGUUUGUGUCCCAAGUGUGCUCCCAUCGCUAACGAAGGCGCGGAUGGUACUGAGCCCCAAAAGGGUUCCGAACAUCACGAUAACUUUUUCAAGUUUUUGAGCGGUGCGACGGAUCCUUUUGUGUACAUGACACAACAGUUGGAGCGUUUUGCAUUUUCUCAACAAUAA